UUCUAUAUGAAGACGCUCCAGUCACGUAUUUAUAACCACGUCGGCGACAGGGCAACGCUGUUUUGAGUUGAUGUUAAAAAAAACUGGUUACCUUCGCUUUUUUUUUAUUCUUUAAUGAGCUUAAAAUGUGAAGUAGAAAGACUUGUUGGUCUUCUGUAGGGAAACAGGGGGUAGCAGUGAGCUCACGGCUUGGUGCAGCAGCAUUACAGGCAGAGGCUGUUACUAUUAACGGUCCAUGAUUACAGGCGAAGAAGACGGCGCACUCAAAAAAGUAGCUAGUCUACACAAAGUGGUUAUGGAGGGGGAUGAGAUGGAGAUGAGCAAAGAGGAGCUCCAAAAGUGGAUCAGAGAGAAGAUAAAGAAGAACAACCUGAUCUCCACAAAUGUGCUAGAGAAAUACAAGCUGCUGCAAUCUCUGCUGGAUAGGAGGGAGAAACAGGCUGCCUACCUCCUAAAGCUCUGCGAGUCUGUGUCAGCAUGUGAAGCGAUUGUGAGGAAACAGUACUCUUUGCUGGGGUGGCAAUACAGAGACACAGAUUCUGAUGAAGAUGAUGAUACAAAAGGCUCUGGAAAUGCCAUUCCCCGCUCUACUACUAAUGGCCCUACUCCUCUGUUACCAAAGCAACAGGACAAAAGGAACAUGGCAAAUGGCAAAAAAAGCUAUAUCAGUCUAAAGAGAAAACCAGUGGUGGUCUUGACCAGAAUUUCUAUGUCUCAGAUCAGUUCUUUAUGUCCUCCAAGGCCUCAGAAUCACAAUUGUGAAGAUGACUCCUUAAACAAUUCGGACUGUAAUGUGCAGUGGGAACCACUUGAGGUAUCUUCUUAUCCAAGUGAUUCUGAUUAUUCUAUCUCAAGUGAUAAGACUUGGUCAAGCAAGAGGAGAAAAAAAGAUCAAAAGAAUUCAACAUGUACCAGUGAUAAAGCACCUCAAGCCAGCACAAAUACAGAUCCUGAGAGCAACGUAACAAAAACAUCACCUCAAGCCGGCACAAAUACAGAUGCUGAGAGCAACGUAACAAAAACAUCACCUCAAGCCAGCACAAAUACAGAUGCUGAGAGCAAGGCCACAAAACCAUCAAAACUCCAAGCAAGUACCAUAACAGAUGCUAAAUGCAACAUCACGAAAACAUCAACAAUGCCAGCAAAAAGCAAGGCAACACACCCUGUGUGCAUCGUCACUACUCUCUGCCAAACCACUGACAAAGAUAGCAAGACCCCUCCUAGCGUUCCACCAGGAGUGCUCAAAGUGAACAUGAGUGUCCUGGCCAGAAGGAAGGCCAUGAGCUGGCAGCAGGGUAAAAUCUUGGAAAUAGUGACAAAGGAAGAUGGUAGGUUGAAAUACAAGAUUAAUUUUGAGGAGAAAAAAAAGACCCUAUUUUCUGGCCACCACAUCGCCUUUGACUACAUGCCAAAGAUAGAUGAGCUGUUUGUCGGUGCUCGUGUGGUAGUCAAGUUUCAAGAUAAAGAAACACGGUUCUGCCCUGGUGUCCUGGCAGAGCUCCCCAGCAGAAAAAACCGCAUGAGGUUCCUGGUCUUCAUUGAUGAUCACACGCCAGUCUAUGUUGGUUUACCUUUACUUCACCUGGUGUGCAGACCAUCAACUUACAUGCAUUCAGCCAUGAAGAUAAGUACGGAACCGCAUAAUGAUACAUUUUAAGCAGUGACAGACCCUUUGGACGAUAUUCCAGAUGGCAUCCACAAGACAUUCAUGAAGCAGUAUCUAAAGGCCUGGCCUUACCCACCACAGACUCAGUACAGGAUUGGACAGGCAGUUAAUGCAGAACUUAAUGGAGUCAUGCA